AUGCUUAUAUGUAGAUAUUUGAAAGCUUUUAGUAUUUCUAAAGUAGAACAUUAUGAUCUUUUACAUGCAAUCCAUAAUUGUGGUAGUGAAUUUUGGAAAAACAAAGAAGAAAUAAAAAAGGAAAACCACACAGAAUUCUGUCAGAAGUACAGUCUGGUUCUCAUUCUGCCAGAUAUGUUUACAUUCAUUUAUUCACUCAACAUAUUUUCAUUGAGCCUUUGUGCCACGCACCAUUCUAGGCUUUGUUGUUGUUCAGUUUCUCAGUCGUGUCCAGCUCUUUGCAACCACAUGGACUGCAGCACGCCAGGCCUCCCGCCUCUCACCAUCUCCCGGAGUUUGCCCAAAUUCAUGUCCACUGAAUCAGGGAAGCCAUCCAGCCAUCUCAUCCUCUGUCGUCCCCUUCUACUCCCGCCCUCAAUCUUUCCCAGCAUCAGCGUCUUUUUCCAAUGA